AGGGAGUACGUGUUUUAGUUGAGUUUUCUUGUACUGCUAGAGGGGCUGAGGUGAAGGGUUUAUGUAAAUGUGAAAUUUUAAUUAUAUCAUUCCUGGGAGGAUGGUCCAGCCCCCUGCCUCUCAGCUGAGACCCAAUAAAAAUGGACUGAGGCUGGCACCUGGCUAUAUACACAGGAAGGAGCCCAAAACUCUAAUCAGAAAUCUCGUAUAAAAAUCCCAGGUCAGAUCUAAAUCAGAAAGGCAGCUUUGGCACAAUGACUUCUAGUAAAAUUGAACUCCCUGGGGAAGUCAAGACAGACCCGGCAGCUCUCAUGGCAUCGCUCCAUCUCAUGCCUUCGCCAGUGGCCAACUUGGAGAUCAAGUAUACAAAGAUUUUUAUCAACAAUGAGUGGCAAACAUCGGUCAGUGGUAAAACAUUCCCAGUGUAUAAUCCAGCCACAGGAGACAAAAUCUGUGAAGUCCAAGAGGCAGAUAAGGCAGACGUUGACAAGGCAGUACAAGCAGCUCGCUUGGCUUUUUCAUUGGGCUCUGUGUGGAGAAGAAUGGAUGCCUCAGAGAGGGGACGACUGCUGGAUAAGCUGGCAGAUUUAGUGGAGAGAGACAGGACACUCCUCGCUUCUCUGGAAUCACUGAACAGUGGGAAACCUUUUCUCCAGUCCUACUAUGUGGAUAUUUUGGGGGUAAUUAAAACACUAAGAUACUUUGCUGGCUGGGCAGACAAGAUCCAUGGAACAACAAUUCCAGUAGAUGGAGAUUAUUUUACAUUCACAAGACAUGAACCCAUUGGAGUCUGCGGACAGAUCAUCCCUUGGAACUUCCCGUUGCUGAUGAUGGCCUGGAAGAUCGCCCCAGCCCUUUGCUGUGGAAACACUGUGGUUGUCAAACCCGCUGAACAAACACCACUGAGCGGUCUCUACAUGGGAGCCCUCAUCAAAGAGGCUGGGUUUCCACCUGGAGUCGUCAAUAUUUUGCCUGGAUACGGGCCCACAGCCGGCGCAGCCAUAGCUUCCCACAUGGGCAUCGACAAAGUGGCUUUCACAGGAUCAACUGAGGUUGGAAAGUUGAUCCAAGAAGCAGCUGGUAGGAGUAAUUUGAAGAGAGUCACCCUCGAGCUGGGAGGCAAAAGUCCCAAUAUUAUUUUUGCAGAUGCAGACCUGGACUAUGCGGUGGAGCAGGCUCACCAGGGGGUGUUCUUUAAUCAAGGCCAGUGCUGUACAGCAGGCUCACGAAUAUAUGUGGAGGAGGCCAUUUAUGAUGAAUUUGUUCGGAAAAGCGUUGAGCGAGCAAAGAGGAGAGUAGUAGGAAGUCCCUUUGACCCCAGCACUGAACAGGGACCACAGAUCAAUAAAGAGCAGUACACUCGGAUCCUGGAGCUCAUCCAGAGUGGAAUUACAGAGGGAGCAAAACUGGAAUGUGGCGGAAAGCCCUUAGGAAGGAAAGGGUUCUUCAUCGAGCCGACUGUUUUCUCCAAUGUGAAGGAUGAAAUGAGGAUUGCAAAGGAAGAGAUUUUUGGACCUGUUCAACAAAUAAUGAAGUUCAAAACCAUGGAUGAAGCAAUUGAGAGAGCCAACAACUCAGAUUAUGGUCUUGUUGCCGCAGUCUUCACGAAGGAUAUUAACAAGGCUAUGACUGUGUCGACAGCCAUGCAAGCUGGUACAGUAUGGAUAAACUGCUACAACGCCCUUAAUGUUCAAAGCCCGUUUGGAGGCUUUAAAAUGUCUGGCAAUGGAAGAGAAAUGGGAGAGUAUGGACUGAGGGAGUAUUCAGAAGUCAAAACUGUCACAAUGAAGAUCCCACAGAAAAACUCUUAGGCGCCUUUAUUAUUCUGCUGACAUUGACAACGUCAUAGAGAGCGCAUCCUUUGACCUUUUAAUAACAGAAUAAAGCACUCUGGGAAAUUACUGAGGAGCAGGAGUCAACAAGAUGUCACAUCUCUGCUGUCAACUGAACCUCUAACACAAACCACUACAGCCGCCCAUCUCUACCUGUGCCACAGUAUGCCCCCCCAGGCCUCCUGUGUCAUCUUUGUUAAUUAUGCAGGUAGUGGGAUGGGCAAGAAGUAUUUAAACCUGUAAAUACCAUAUUCUGAUGUGACCUUACUUUUCAUCUAUCCUUACUUCUUUUUAAUAAUCAUGAUUUUGAUUAGCUGGUUUAGCUGCUGACAAAAACCCUUACUUAAAGUGCAUAACAUAUGAAUUUUAGAUUUAAAAAAUGAUUUUCCUGUGAUCACUUACACUGUAUGUAUGUUGUUUUUCAUUAAUAUUUUAAUUCAUAGUGUUUUAGAUAAUGUAUAAAAUGACAUUUUGGGACCUUUCCUUUAUGAACAUGUAAAACAGAAGGGCAUCUUUUAUUUGAUCUGCAGAUUGUUUUGCAUUGCCGUCCACUUGAAACCCUGUAAAUACUAUUAUGUGCCAUGAAAGUAUAAGAAGUAUCAAGAUAUAAAAAAUAUUUUCUAUAGAUUUUUUUUUCAUUAAAACUUACAAAAGCA